AUGGCAGCUAUUACUUGCAAAGUUGUCGAUACUUAUAACAUUGGAGUUGAGGGAGUUCAGGUUAUCUUGGACUGCCGUGACCGAUUCUACAACCACGUUGGCAAAUUAGAAUCGCUCACUGAUGCUGAAGGGAAAAUUAACUUUUGGUACCAAUUUCCGGCUUCUGGUUAUGGAUCCGGUCUCGAGCCACAAGUUGUGGAUGCCACAGACAUCCCUCGCGUCUCGUUGACCUUUUAUCCCCACCCUCGGCUCAUGGCUCCACAUGCCCCCUGGGUGAGUAUUCGCGCCGAUCUUUAUCUCCCAGGGGUGGCAGGUCAUAGCGUUGUGCUGCAUCUUGAAGACACUCCGCGCUUGGAGUACACCACCGACCCAGUUUCAGGGCCAAUCAGCCCGCUAGCAGUGGACACCCAAGCAUUGGAUAUACUUCGAACGCCCUCUCCAUUUUUACUCUCGCCGCCACCUUUGACUAUAUCGAGUUACGAAUCCUCUGAUGACGAUUAUGAACCAACAAUCGAUGACGAAAUAGAUACUGAGACAAGGGGUCAUAAAAGAAAACUGGAUGUAGAGAGUGGACAGAGUCCGCGUGCGAGGCGACAGCGGACGGAAUAG